GCUGGUUUGGUAUUGGUUAGUCAUAAAGAAAACACAUCAAGCUAAACCAUGAAGAAGCACUGAGAAGGAUGUCGGUGAUCGCAUACGAGGACUGUAUGUUUACGGGUUUGAGAUCGUAUUGUACAGAAAAUAGACUUUUUAUGAUAGAUAAGUGUUUAAUGAGUUAGUAAGAAGAGACAGAAGAGAAUUGGGCGAAGUAGAGAUAACAGGAAGUUUGAUGUCAAAAAGGAAGGUGAAUGGUUGCGUUGGAUUUUCGGAUUUUCUAUUGACGUAACGCAGCUGUCAGCCAUUUUAUAAAUAUAUAAAUAUAUACAAAUAGAGAAAGCUGUAUGUUUGAUGGUAAAACUAUUGAUUUGCUUAAAUUUGUUUUAAAAUUAUGAUGAUCAGUAAUAGUUUUGAGGCCAUUCAAGUGGUCGGACUGCCGCUUGUGCAGCGCAGAGGCCAAUAUAUAAAUUCAUCUCUCUAUGGUAUUAUUAGCCCUCCUAGAAGGCAAACUUUGAAUGUUUCUGAAUGGGGAAUACAAGUUCCAUUUACUUGUGGCACUGGUUGGAGGAAAUGUUAUACACCACCUGCUACCACUGUUCCUAAUAAGGCCAGCAUUAAUAUACUGAAAAGAAAUUCACCAAAGCUAAAAGGGAAGCAGGGAGCCAACCCCUCUCCGUCCAGAAUGUCACCGACCAAGUCGACUGCACCGUGCAGUGACAAUGGAUUGUAUGCUGGUGCCAAAUUCAGUGAUCCGCCGUCUCCGGCAGCAUUACCUAAACCACCGUCUCACUGGAUGAACGUGGCCAUUGAAACCGUUGUUGACAAACCUUUGGCUGCAAAUAAUUCACAUUGGAUGAGCAUGAACAUGAAACCCCAAGAUCCCUUUAAAAACUUUGAACAUAGUAUCAAAGAAUCAGCACCAGAAAACUGUGUCGAAAUGACCAAUCAUCUCAAACUGCUGCUGAAUGUUCAAGCAUAAUGUACUAACAUUUCAUCAUUUUUGUUUUAUUCCUUUUGACAAAUGGAACAUAAGUUUAAAUUUGUAUUAAGGAAAAACAAAGUUUAAAAAAACUUUACAACUCCAAUCAUUCUCUUUAGAAAAUUUUUUACACAUGAAAAGUAGAAAAUGCAUAUAUGAAAUUUUAUAACUGUAAAUAGGAUAAGAAAAUUUUAAAAAUUCUUAUCCAAUUAAUAACUUGAAAAAAAUGUCUUUAUAAACAAAUCAAAUGCCAUAUGCAUUUUGUAAAGUAAAUCACUUUAGUGAUUAAAUAUUUUGGCUGUGAUCAAUUUAAUUGGUGCGAUGGGAACUUUAAUUAGAUGUGAUUAUUGGAGUUGUAAAGUAAUUUAUCUUUAAAUGUUUUCAUAGUUCAACAUAGAUAUAUAUAAUAUAUAUACAAACAAACAGUAUAUAUAUUUAUAUACACAUAUAAGCUUCUGGUAGUUUUCCUUUUUCUUCCUUUUCUUUUUUCUUGCAUGUUUUGUGAUUUCUCUUUUAGCUUGUAAAUAUGCCACCUUAUUGCUUGGUUGUUUCGUUAUCUUAAUUUUUUUUUAAUUAGAAAUUCAAAUACUUAAUAUUAAAUGCUAGUGCAGAUUCCUUUAUCAUAAAUUCAUAUAUAUAUAUUUUUCUUUUUAAUAUAAAAAUUGUUAAAAAUCCAAUGUGUUAUGUAGAAACCAGUGAUGUGGUCUUAGGUGUUAUGUAUAGAUGAUACUUGAUAUAUAUAUUUUUUCCCCCUGGAUGUUUUAUGGUUAGUGAAUCUUGGUGGCUUGCUUUGUCUAGUCACAAAGACUUAGUUUUUUACUGUGUAAAUAUGUCAAACUAUUUUUAUGGUGUGAUGUCACCUUUACAUUUUUCCCCUUUUAUUUUUCCAUGUUGCUAUUGAUACAAUGGGACUAACUGUGAUAUUCAUAAGCCUCUUACGUAUUGAAGAGGUAUGACAAAAAUCACAAAAAUGUACAAUCAAUUAUCAUAUAUUAUUUUAUGUUAGUACAUAUUGUGCAACAGGCAACUGGAUGAAAAUUUUAAAGCACAAGCUAAUGAUGGGUUCAAUAUAAUAUGUUACAUGGUCAGAGUAAUGGUUUUGUGUGUCAUUGAAUCUGAGCAACACACAAACAUUCCACUGUAUUUACAGUAGCUGCCAAAGCCAUUAUGUCUUUCUUCAACACAUUGUGUUGAUAUGUGUUGCUUGGGAUCAAGAAUAUUGACAUUGAUUGCUAGAUCUGUAAAAUGGUACAUCGCUCUGCAACUACCCAUCAUAGUUCUUUGUGACAGAUAAUUCAAGGAGGACUAAAGUAGAAGCCAUCAAGAAACACUAACUCCUAGAUGGAAAGUGAAACUUUUUUAGUUAGAGCAUUGAGAACAAGUCAUUUUCCAAAUCCCAUCUUAAUACAUUGCCUAUAGUGCUAAAAUUUAAUUUCAUUGAUCAUUCCAUAUUAAAAAAAAAUUCAUAAAAAAGAUCACUUCAGUUUUUUUUUCUUUGCUUUGCUUCAGUGCUAAUGACUAAAUUGCUUAUCUUUCCUUUUGCUGUUAUGGUUUUUAUCAUAGAGAAAAACCUAAAACCACUUCAUUCAUUCUCUGAAUGAUUGUUAUAUAAUGCAUGAAUGUAUGUAGGUAUGAAUGUGAGUGUCUGCAUGUGUGUGUAUGUAUGUAUACCUGAUUGAUAUUGAAAUGAAUGAAUUCUCAUUUUUCAAAAUUGUUUAGUAUUUAAUGUUUCACAGUGAAACAACAUUGUUUUUGUGAUUUGUAUUUCUAAAAAAAAUUGCUUUAAUCUAUUACUAACUUAAGACUUUUGCUUAAGUUCCUUUUCACAAAUA